GGGCACCAGCGGUGGGGGUCCGGUCCCUGGGGAAAGCACCGCGGGCCGGGUACCAGGGCUGCCCCCCAGAGUGGGGUGCGGCUCCGGGCAACGGGGGUGAAGGUCCGGGUCCCGACACCGGGGCUGAGGAUCCGGGUCUGGGCACCGGGGCUGCCCCGGGAACCGCGAUCUGGGUCCGAGCACGGGGGCUGCACCGGGGGUUGAGGGUCCGGGUCCGACCACCGAGGGGAGUACAGGGGAUGGGGAUCCGGGGAAAGCACCGAGGUACGGACACCGAGACUGCCCCCGGGAUGGGGGUCCGGGUCCGGGCACAAUGGGAGAACACCUGGGGUGAGGGUCUGGGUCUCGCACCGGGGCUGCCCCAGGGAUGGGGGGUCCGAGUCCGGGCACCGGGGCUGCCCACAGGAUGGGGGUCCGGGUCCGAGCAUCGGUGGAGAGCACCGGGGACGGGGGUCUGGGCCCCGGGGAAAGCACCGGUGUUCGGGCACCAGGGCUGGGGGUCUGGGUCCCGGGCACGGCGGGAGAGCACCGGGGCUGGGGGCCUGGGUUCGGGCACGGGGGCUGCCCCGGGGACUGGGGUACGGGACCAGGUAGGGGGGCUGCCGCGGGGAUGGGGGUCCGGGACCAGACACAGAGUCUGUCCCGGGGGUUGUGGGUCUGGGGGUGCCCCGGCGUUGCGGUCCGGGACCGGGGCGAUCCCCGCGCAGGCUCCGGCCCGUUCCUCGCGGCCCCGGCACAUCCCGGCGCGGUGGCCGGAGCCCUCCGGCCCUUGGUGGCCGCCAGUGGCCCGGGGCGGUGUCACUCAGGCGAGUCCCUGCCCGGGGAGGGAGCUGCGGGGUGAGUCACCGGCAGGAAACCGAUUGCAUCAGGAACGGGGCUGUUUUUUCAGCCGAGGCUCUCGGAAAACCCGCUCCAGCCUGUCUCCAUCUGUUCCCUCUCUCCGCAGCGCCAUGGAGAAGGGAGCCAGCCCCUCGGCCAGCAGCUCGGUGGCCUUGGCCUCAUCCUCCAUGGCCACGUUCAAGGAGGAACUGCUGUGUCCCAUCUGCUACGAGCCUUUCCGGGAAGCCGUGACGCUUUGCUGCGGCCACAACUUUUGCAAAGGCUGCGUGAGCCGUUCCUGGGAGCACCGGCAUCACGUGUGCCCCGUCUGCAAAGAGCCCUCCUCGUUCGAUGACCUUCGCGUCAACCACACGCUCAACAACCUGGUGGAGAUGAUCAUCAAGGAGGACGGGCAGCGGCGGGGCCGGGCGGCCGCCCUCUGCCCCCUGCACCAUGAGGAAGCCAAGUUCUUCUGCCUGGAGGAUAAGGAGCUGGCGUGUUUCACCUGCCAGAGCUCCGAGCAGCACGAAGGACAUCAGAUGCGGCCAGUGCAGGAGGCGGCGGCGGAUUUCAGGGGUCCUGAAGGCGUCUCAUCCCCGCAGGCCAAGCUGAGGAACAUGGAGACCUCCCUGCGGGAUAAGGCGAAGGAUUUUGGGGCUGUGCAUCGCUCCUACGAGUCCAUCGCCAAACACAACCAGGUGGAAGCGGCACGGCUGGAGGAGCAGAUCAGGAGGGAGUUUGAGAAGCUGCACGAGUUCCUGCGGGGUGAGGAGGACGCGCUGCUGGCCCGGGUGCGGGAGGAGAUGCGCCUCAAGGAUGGGCGCAUCCAGAGCGAGAUGAAGCAGCUGGCAGAGGAGAGCCGGGCACUGCUCAAUGAAGCCCACCAGCUCCAGGCGGACCUCAAGGAGGAUGACUACACCUUCCUCAUGAGCCACAAGAACCGCAAGCGCAGGAUUGCCUGCACGGCCGAGGAGCCGGAGGCCGUUCCCUGGGGGAUGCUCCUUGAUGUCUCCAAGUACCUGGGCUCGCUGCAGUACAACGUGUGGAAGAAGAUGCUGGACAUCAUCACCGUAGUCCCCUUCAGCUUCGACCCCAACUCCGCAGCAGGUUGGCUCUCAGUGUCUGAGGACCUCACCAGUGUCACCAACGGUGGCUACAAGCUGUUGGUGGAGAACCCCGAGCGCUUCACCUCAGCUCCCUGCAUCCUGGGCUCCCGCGGCUUCUCCACCGGCUUCCACACCUGGGAGGUGGACCUGGGUGGCAUGACGAACUGGCGGGUGGGGGUGGCCCGGCCCCACAGCGGCACCCACUGGACCUUCCACCACGACGCUCGCUCCGGUUUCUGGUACAUCUACCGCCUGUCCGGGAAGGACGGCAAGAAGUGCCGAGCGUCCAACACGGCGCGGUUGGAGGCGGUGCCGGGCGACCUGAGGCGGAUCCGGGUGGAACUGGACUGUGACGAGGGGGAACUGUCCUUCUAUGACACCGACCGCAAGACCCACAUCUACACUUUCCACGAGAAGUUCGGUGGCACCGUUUUCCCCUACUUCUACGUGGGGGUGACGCCGGUGGGCGCACAGCCCGAGGCUCUUCGCAUCUGUCCCCUCCGGGUCCGUGUCCGGGAGGAUGUCCCCGUCUAGUGGCCACCACCACCUCUGCCUGCAUUUGGGGUUCUCCAGAUGCUUUUUUCAGCUUUCCUUAAGGAAAAGAAAUUAAGGGGGAAAAAAAGAAUUUAUGUAUGUACUGCUUCUUUGGUUUUUUAUCAUUAAUAAACAAUCUGCUCUUCUGGUA